AUGGCGCCCUCACGUACGUCGACGGUAAAGUCCAAACAUGCGACCAAUAAGUCAGGAAUCCGAAAUAGUAAAACGGCCAACAAACCGCAAGGCGACGGCGUUUCGAAAAACAAGAAACCCAAGAGCAAAGGUCCACCACCUAAACCUCAGAAGAGCGCUGGAAAUCUAGCGACGCUAAAGAAGAAGAGGAGAGUGUAUACAGAGAAGGAAUUAGGUAUCCCAGCGCUGAACAUGAUUACACCUGUGGGCGUCGAGAAGCCAAAAGGAAAGAAGAAGGGGAAGGUUUUUGUGGAUGAUAGGGAGAGUAUGAUGACAAUUCUUGCGAUGGUCAAUGCGGAUAAGGAUGGUCAGAUUGAAAGCAAGAUGAUGAAGGCUAGGCAAAUGGAGGAAAUCCGAGAGGCGAGAAAGGCAGAGGCAGAUAAGAGGCAAGAGAUGAGAAAAGCGAAGCUGGACGAGACGAAAGAGGGGAUAAGAAAGAAGCGGAAGAGGCCUACUGGGGAGGAUAGCGACAAGAUCACGAAAGAGGCGGCCACUGGAACAAAGCCUCUGAAGUUAAAGAAGAAGACCGUUUCUUUUGCUUGA